UAGUAACACGCACACGUGAUCUACGCUCCCUGUUCAAGAUUUGCAAAUACCCGAAAACUGACGGAAAGAAACGAAGAGUCAGACUUUGGGUACCAUCCGAGGGAAUGACCCGAGGUUCGCCCGAUCUCGGGUGUUGCCGGAAAUGGCCGACGACCGCGGUCCGCGGCGGGGCGGGAUGGGGGCGUGGCCCGCUCCCAGCGCGCGGAGAGGCUUCGGGUGUUUCCGGAAACUGCCGAAAACCAGCUUGAAGUGGGCGGGGAAAGGCCUGUAGGCGUGGCUGGAGUACCCGGAGUCUCUUCGUAGAUUUCCGUAAACAGAGCCGAAGCUUGGUCUUCGGAAUCGCGGAGCCGCGCGCGUCCCCAGGAUUACCUUCUUCGGGUGUUUCCGGAAUUCACCAGUAGUCGGUGGCUGGGAGGAGAAGGCGCGCCUCCCUCCCGUUUCUAGCCGCUUCGGAUGUUUCCGGCUGCUGCCGGCGGAAAGAGCCGAGGACCGGCGGUGGUGGCGGCCAUGUUGGGAGCAGCAGGUCCGGCGGCGGCUGCCUGUGUGCCGGGCGCGGAGCAGUGCCGCUGAGGGCAGGGGAGGAGCGAGGCAGGCGGCCGGCUGCAGCGGCACAGAGUAGGCGGAGCGGCGCGGCCCGGCCGAAAGGCGGCCCGGCCCAGCCGGGGGUCGGGGGGGUGCGGUCCGGAGCUGCUCGGAGCCGGCGCGGCCUAGCCCGAGCGGCGCAUCCCCGGGCUGGCGUGAACGGCAGCCCGGCCUCCCCGCACCCCCGGCCGGGGCCCAUGCGGCGGGUGCUCCUGCUGUGAGAAGCCCCGCCCGGCCGGGCUCUGCGCCUUCCCUUCCCUCCCUUCCUCCAAGCUUCUCGGUUUCCCUCCCUUGAGAUACCGGCGCCAUGUCCAGCGCUCGGACCCCCCUACCCACGCUGAACGAGAGGGACACCGAGCAGCCCCCCUUGGGACACCUCGACAAGCCCAGCAGUAAGUCCAACAUGCUGCGGGGCCGCAACUCAGCCACCUCUGCUGACGAGCAGCCCCAUAUCGGCAACUACCGGCUCCUUAAGACCAUCGGCAAGGGUAACUUCGCCAAGGUGAAGCUGGCUCGGCAUAUCCUGACUGGGAAAGAGGUAGCUGUAAAGAUCAUUGACAAGACUCAGCUGAAUUCCUCCAGCCUCCAGAAACAUCCUAGCAAUGGAUCUGUUUGGAGGGGACCUGAGGGGAGCAAGCUGAGCAGGCAUGACCCCUGCUGCUAUUUUAUUUUCCAGCUGUUCCGUGAAGUAAGAAUAAUGAAGGUUCUGAACCAUCCCAACAUAGUUAAGUUAUUUGAAGUGAUCGAGACUGAGAAAACACUCUACCUGGUCAUGGAGUACGCCAGUGGAGGAGAGGUGUUUGAUUACCUAGUGGCUCAUGGCAGGAUGAAAGAAAAAGAGGCUCGAGCCAAAUUCCGCCAGAUAGUGUCUGCUGUGCAGUACUGUCACCAGAAGUUCAUUGUCCACAGAGACCUAAAGGCAGAAAACCUGCUCUUGGAUGCUGAUAUGAACAUCAAGAUUGCAGACUUUGGCUUCAGCAAUGAAUUCACCUUUGGGAACAAGCUGGAUACCUUCUGUGGCAGUCCUCCUUAUGCUGCCCCAGAGCUCUUCCAGGGCAAAAAGUACGAUGGACCCGAGGUGGAUGUGUGGAGCCUGGGAGUUAUCCUGUACACACUGGUCAGCGGAUCCCUGCCUUUUGAUGGACAGAACCUCAAGGAGCUACGGGAGCGGGUACUGAGGGGGAAAUACCGUAUUCCGUUCUACAUGUCCACAGACUGUGAAAACCUGCUCAAGAAAUUUCUCAUUCUCAAUCCCAGCAAGAGAGGCACUUUAGAGCAAAUCAUGAAAGAUCGGUGGAUGAAUGUGGGUCACGAAGAUGAUGAAUUAAAGCCUUAUGUGGAGCCACUCCCUGACUACAAGGACCCCCGGCGGACAGAGUUGAUGGUGUCCAUGGGUUACACGCGGGAAGAGAUCCAGGACUCACUGGUGAGCCAGAGGUACAACGAGGUGAUGGCCACCUAUCUGCUCCUGGGCUACAAGAGCUCCGAGCUGGAGGGCGACACCAUCACCUUGAAGCCCCGGCCUUCAGCUGAUCUGGCCAAUAGCAGUGCCCCCUCCCCCUCCCACAAGGUACAGCGCAGCGUCUCCGCCAACCCCAAGCAGCGGCGCUUCAGCGACCAGGCAGCUGGCCCUGCCAUCCCCACCUCCAAUUCCUACUCUAAGAAGACUCAGAGCAACAACGCAGAAAACAAGCGGCCUGAAGAGGACCGGGAGUCAGGACGGAAGGCCAGCAGCACAGCCAAAGUGCCUGCCAGCCCCCUGCCUGGCCUGGAGAGGAAGAAGACCACCCCGACACCCUCCACGAACAGCGUCCUCUCCACCAGCACAAACCGAAGCAGGAAUUCCCCACUCCUGGAGAGGGCCAGCCUUGGCCAGGCCUCCAUCCAGAAUGGCAAAGACAGCCUAACCAUGCCAGGGUCCCGGGCCUCCACGGCUUCUGCUUCCGCCGCGGUCUCUGCGGCCCGGCCCCGCCAGCACCAGAAAUCCAUGUCGGCCUCCGUGCACCCCAACAAGGCCACUGGGCUGCCCCCCACGGACAGUAACUGUGAGGUGCCGCGGCCCAGCACAGCCCCCCAGCGUGUCCCUGUCGCCUCCCCCUCCGCCCACAACAUCAGCAGCAGUGGUGGAGCCCCAGACCGAACUAAUUUCCCCCGGGGUGUGUCCAGUCGAAGCACCUUCCAUGCUGGACAGCUCCGGCAGGUGCGGGACCAGCAGAAUUUGCCCUACGGUGUCACCCCAGCCUCUCCCUCUGGCAACAGCCAGGGCCGGCGGGGGGCCUCGGGGAGCAUCUUCAGCAAAUUCACCUCCAAGUUUGUGCGCAGAAAUCUGUCUUUCAGGUUUGCCAGAAGGAACCUGAAUGAACCUGAAAGCAAAGACCGAUUGGAGACGCACAGACCUCACGUGGUGGGCAGCGGUGGCAACGACAAAGAGAAGGAAGACUUUCGGGAGGCCAAGCCCCGCUCACUGCGCUUCACGUGGAGCAUGAAGACCACGAGCUCCAUGGAGCCCAACGAGAUGAUGCGGGAGAUCCGCAAGGUGCUGGACGCCAACAGCUGCCAGAGCGAGCUGCACGAGAAGUACAUGCUGCUGUGCAUGCACGGCACACCCGGCCACGAGAGCUUCGUGCAGUGGGAGAUGGAGGUGUGCAAACUGCCGCGCCUGUCUCUCAACGGCGUUCGGUUUAAGCGGAUAUCAGGCACCUCCAUGGCCUUCAAAAACAUUGCCUCCAAAAUAGCCAACGAGCUUAAGCUUUAAUAGGCUGCCAGGAGAGGGGGGCGCGGAGGCGGCCAGCUGGACUUUGCUGCUGGGCCGGCGCUCCGCCCGCCCGGGCCAGACUGCAGAGAUGGGUCGGUGUGUCUCCCCUGCUGGCACUUCCCCUCCCCGCCCUUCUCAGUUUUUUCUUCCAUGUUUGUGGGGGAUGGGAGAUGGUUCUCUCCCCCUCCCCACAGUUACCCUGCCCAUAUAGCCCCCCUUCCCUCCUCUCUCCCACAGGAGGCAAAGGAAGGGGAGGGAGGGGGUGGGGGGGCAGGGCUCCCCCUCGGUACUGCGGUUGCACAGAGUAUUUCGCCUAAACCAAGAAAUUUUUUAUUACCAAAAAGAAAAAAGAAAAAAAAAAUUUCCCAGCGGCCACCUUUCCUCCCUGCCCCAUUGGGACAGUUGAGACUGGAUCUGUGGGGUUUCCCGGGAGGGUGGCUCAGGGCUGGAACACUCUCAGGCAAGAGUGGUGGAGUUCCCUGUCAGGCCCUCCGCCAGGCCCACUUUGGGCUUCUCCCCUCUCCUCUCCUUCCCCUCCAAGCAAACCACCAGAGGUGGCCUUCCCCUGACCUCAGGCCCCUGGGCUGGAGGCCUGGGCGGCUGGGGGCUGGGGCGGGGGUGCCGCGCAGCCCAGAAGCGGGGGGUUGGCGGCGGCUUGGGGCUGGCAGGCUAGGCACGGGGCUCGGCCUCCCUCCACACUGUAUCCUCUGCCCCUCCUUUCCCAGAGGCUGGGCAUUUCCUUCCACAAGCUGCUGUGGGGACGGUUGUUCCCCUCCUCAAAAAGUCUGUGCCAUCUUCUCCCAUCCCCUCCUGGGUAGAAGGCGGGGUGACCCCAGGGCUGGGAGGGGAGGGGACCGCAGGGCAGAUGGGCUCCCCGGCCCCCAGGGGCUGCCCCGGCUGCUAAUCUCUGGAAUAGGGACGAUGGCAUCCUCCUUUCUGGGAGAGCCUUUGUCUGAAAGCACAGCCCCCUCGCCGGUCCUCUCCCCGCUGCCCCUCUUCAUUGGCAUUAAUCUGGGCACCAGCUAGUUCCAUAGCAGUGACUUCCCUCACCACUCAUCUCUCGGCCUUGCCUUCUCUUCCUCACACUGUCGCCCCUCCUCUCAGGAGACACUGCCCCGGGCCUCCAGGGCCGCCUGGCCAAGGCUGCGGAGGGCAGCGGGGCCGGGAGCCUCUGCCCUCCACGGGGUUGGGGGGCAAAUAGGCCAAGGGCCUCCCAGCUCGCCGACCUCCGCAGCCAGUGUGGGAGUGGCUGGUUAUGGGCGCUUGGCUGGUGGCAGCCGCUGCAUCCCUUAAUUUAUUUCUCUGCUGUUUCUGUUCUUGAGAAAUUGGGGGGGGGGGUCCUAAACAGAGGCUGCCUCUACCCUCACCUGAGUUGUACAUUUUUUGUGAUGGGUUUUAUUUUUUAUUUUAUUAUUUUAUUUUUUUUUUUUUGAUUUAUGAUGACUCCACCCCUACUCAUCACCCCACUCCCAGGCCUGGCUCCAUGGCAAGUCAAGCCCUUGGGUCCCAGGAAGGGGCCUCGCCAACCUCAGCCCUCCCGCCCCAAGCCCUGACCGUGGGCUCCGGCUCCUACCAAGGGCUCCCCCUCCCUCCUUCCUUCCCCCUUCCUGCCCUAUGGAACAGCCCGGGUGCUCCCAGGGGCCCGGAGGGCAAGGCUUGGCUCCCAAAGGGGGUGGUGGCCGGGGGGCUCCCAGGCAAGGUGGCCCCUCCCCACCCAGCCCCCCUUCCUGCACUUAGUUUCUCCUCUGGAUCAAACACGUAAUAAAGAGAAUGUUUGGAAUCUGA